GGUUUUUAGAACAGGUACACCGCGUUUAUGAAUGCAGUGAGGCAACUAAAAGGGUUAAGGCCAGCAAUGGCGUACAACUAUAAAACACUGGCUCAAACAGUUCUAUUCAAUCCAUAAAAAUGAUGAUGAUGCAUCAACAACAGCAGCACCACACCACCACCCAAACUGAAAGAGACCUGCUAGAUGUAGCAGUGGUUCGACCUGCUAGAUACUGCUGUGGUUCGACUUGCUAGAUAUAGCAACCUAAAAUACCUCAAAUAAACUAUACCAUUUUAAGACGAAUAAAACACAUUUGACAGUGUAGUCCCUGGUAUACAAAAAGACUGGACGGUUAGGCUGGACAUUUUAUCAUAGUUCAACUCAAUCAGAACAAAUCUGAUACUAAAUAAUAGCCUAAAUAACUACCACUAAAGUUUCAAUAGUAGGACCCGUGUGAGACGCACCAGCUGGGAAGUCUGUGUGCAGAUCUCCUAGACAAAGACACCAAGAAAUCACAACCUACUACCUUGAUAAAAAUAAGGACAUAUCAUCUUGUCUUCUGUUAUAAUUCCAUCUAAUUUUAUUUUAACGACUCCAUAAGGACGAAAAACAAGUUUGACUACGACGAGAUUUGAACUCAAAACAUAAAGAGGCGUUUUACUUUUCUAACAUUUUUGCGUCUCUCCGACGCGCUAACGAUGAGCCAAUCUACUGCGAUGCGGCUUACGUAGACGUAUGUAUAUAGAAAGAAAGAUGUCUGUGCUAAUAUGCCUUUUCCAUAACAUAAUUGUUGGAUUGAUACUGAUCCGGAGACAACAACACUAACAACUGUAACAAAUGCUCUGAAGUCAACUAAUUGUGACAUUCUAGUUGCCAUAACACCGAAUUAGUUUUGACCAAUGGCUGUGAGAGAAACAUUUACUUCUGUAUUAAGUAGCGUCAAAAUGUCUCCCUGACAAUUGUUGCUGACGACGAUACGAAGCAAUCUAGUUGCCAUAGAGUCGUGGACUCAGACUUAUGCUAUAUAAUGUCUGACAUGAAUUCUUCAAAGAAGUAUGACUACUGUGAUGAUAAGACUGGUAGUAAUGAUAAUGGAGAUGAUGAUGAUGAUGAUGACAUUGCUGCUGAUAUUACUGGUGGUGGUGAUGAUAAUGGUGUGAACGAUAAUGAUGAUGAUUUUAAUGUUAUCUCACCUGAUGAUAUCAUAUUUUCUGAAAGAGAUGAAAUCAAAUCCAUAUCAAAAAUAUCUCCUAAUAUAGAAAAAUUAUUUUCAAAGCCAAACACUCAAGACUGCUAUCCUCUACAAGAUUCAGACAUUUUCCCUACUGACUUUCCAUCUGCACAAGACAGCAACUUGUCUGAGACUGUAGUGCCAAAUUCUCUAUCUGCUGAUAUCACUUUAGAACAACCUACAGCAUUUAUUAAAGCAACAAACAAACAGGUUCCAACUAAUAAACAGCCUCUGCAUAUUCAGGGUGGUUCUGGAUCACAUAUACUUCAAACAUGCCAGGUUGAAGAAGGAAAACAUUAUUUCAAUACUGAUACAUCUACUGCUGAAACUGAAUGGGAUAACUGUGAUGUUAUUACACUUGCAUCCAAUGAAAACAAAGGAGAAAUUUACAUAGAACAUGGCAAAGGAGAUGUUGGUUUGGAUCCUCAACAAACGCAGACACCAGACUUUGCUUUCCAAGAAGCCUUGCAGUAUUUUCAGAGCCUUGACAUGUCACAUCUAAAGGACAAAAUACACACGUCUGUUGAACGGAAAGGGUUGUCAGUUCUGUCUAAUUUUCUGUUCGGUCCUCCAAAACUCUCACGUAAUCUUCUACAAUCAAAAGAAUUUGUUUUCUGUCUUGCUGCCACUACCUUUGAUAACCAGGACCAAAUUCACCUGAAAUCUCUUUUUGCUGUGUAUCGCAAUUUAACUGGACGCAAAAUGAACUGCAGCCGUUAUGGAUAUCAUUGGGAAGAGAUUGGUUUCCAAGGUACUGAUCCAUCAACUGAUUUGCGAGCUGUUGGUCUUCUUGGGCUCCUGCAACUUCUUUAUUUAACUUCAAAGCCUCAGCUAAAUAACCUAAAAGACAAAAUGUACAGUUUAUCAUCUCACAAGACUCAGCAUUUUCCAUUCUGUGUCAUGAGUCUGAAUGCUACUAAAAUGGUGCUUCAAGCUUUGAGGACUGAUCGACUGAACAAGUUGUGUAACAAGCAAGGUGAUGUGAUAACAGUUGUGAAUGAGGUUUUUGUAGCAACAUAUUUUAAGAUCUAUCAUAUCUGGAAAUACCAGCAUAAAACUAUUGUUGAUUCUGGUUUUGUGUUAAAAGAUGUCGAAACAGCUCUGAAGAAGAAUAUUCCGUCCCUGAUAAAAGAAGUUGAACAGUACAUACAGAACCCAAACAUCUCACAACCAAGCAAAUGUAAACAAUCAUCAUCAUCAACAUCAACAUCAACAAAACAUGACCAUUUCACUGGUGUCUCUGAUUUAAUUAACAACUGUUAAUAAUUGUUAAUCUUGGCUGUUAUUUAUUUCUGAUUGUACUCUUACAGAAGCAUGGACAAUGUUGAUUUUCUUAUAGCUGUAUAAUUAGUUGUUCAGUACUAAAAUACCCAAACAUGAAGUGGAAGGGGAUACUGUUGUCAGCUGAGCAAACUGAGCCAAGCAGAAUUUUGUACUUCAUUCAGAAAUGCUACACCUUUACUGCUUUCAUGAAGUUUGAACUCCUGAUCAUUAUUUAGCUUGUAGUUCAGCAUUUUAAUCUCAAAGCCAUUAAUUAUACAUACAAAUUCUUCUAUAUUUUAUUAAUCCAAUAAAAUCCUUAAAAAUUGAA